GCGCCCUGGGGAUCGACUGCUUCAAGUGCGUGUCCGUGAACGGCGACAACCCGGGAUGCGAGGACCCCUUCCACAACAACUUCACCGUCGGGAUGCUCGAGAGCCCCUGCAUGGCCGGGCGCAAGGGCAGGGAGGGACUGUUCCCCGCCACGGCCUGCAUCAAGCUGGCCGGGAUCUAUGAUGAUACAGGCCAGAGUAUCAUGGUGCGCGCGUGUGCUCUGGACAGCGGAACACUUACAACUGACACGGAGAUCAUCCGCAUGUCCCACUGUGGCGGGUUCUACUUUGAGGAUAAGUACGUGAAGGGCUGCCUCCAGAGCUGCGACGACUCCGAAGGAUGCAACGGCGCCCCUUCCUCCUCCAACGGGGCGUCCUUGGUCACAGUGCUCGCGUCCUUGGCUCUCCUUCAGGUACUGAGGAUCUCGUAGCCCCUCGUUGGCGUCCUUGCUCCUCCUCCCGGUCCUUCGUCGACGUCUGGGACUGCCGCGUCUGAUCUACAAGGCGCCUGGAGGAUUUCCCCCCCCCCUUCUGCAGGAAGAGAGAAGAGAAAGUGAGAGACAGAGAUAGAAAGCAAGAGCGAGCAUCUGCUUCGUCUCUGUCUCCGUUUCGGAACCGCGAGUCUGAAAAAGAAUCUUCAUCCAUACCUAUUUUUUUCCUCCCUCUUCGCCCUCCUCUUGUUAUGGCUCUCGGGAGUCACGGUGGAUAUCGUGUUUCCAAAAUCCACCACAGAAAAAAAAAAAAAAACAGAGAAGAGAAGGGAGACUUUGUGUGGGACUCUCUGCUCCCACGUGGACCGGUGUUUCUCCUAGCAUAGAUUUAUAGGCAGCAGAAACGGAUAAAAAAAAUUGUUAUACAAAUUUCUCCUUUCAAUCCUUGUCCUCAGAGGCAAGAAGUGCUAUAGCCGAUGCCAGUCUGGUAGUUAUGGCUGGCGUCUGAAGUAGGUGAUGAAUCUGAAGCCAAUUCGAAAGAGAAUGAACCACAUAUAACCUGCUUAGGUUACCAUAAUAAUCACUUUGGUGUUUAAUUUUAGCAUUAAUAUAUUAUAAGAGGCAACACAACUUUCUCUAAAGAAAGUAUAGAUCGUUAAGAUUAUUUGUCCUUGAACUGUAUAUACCUAUAUAUAAAAGAAAAAAAAAGAAAAAAAAAACUUUUAAUGGUUUCUCUCACUGAAUGCAUAUGUCAUGAAUUUCAGACGCUGUAUGCUUUUUCACUCAAUCUUGGAGCUUUAUUGCUUUAACUUGCUUUACUGUCAUGUUCAAAAACAUUACCCAACUCAUGUAUUAACUCGUCCAGUCGUUUGAACAUGUGUUGAACAUUUUUCACACUUCUGGACACAUCAACCUUUAGUGAAGAAACGUUCACUCUAUAUCAGCUAUGCUACUGAGCAUAACUAAUAUAGCUCCGGGAAAGAUGAUCAUUAUAGCACCUUAACCAUUAUGAAGAUAAAGUAUCAAAUCUUUUGCACUUUCCAAUUCCAAGAAAAAAAAAGUAAAUAUAUAUAGUCGAACUUACGAAUCACACUCUAGCCAUGUCGCGUACGUCAACUCUGCUUCACUAGCUUUAUAUCACUGAACAAACAUACUCCCAGGUGAAUUGUAGAUCAAGUAGUAAUCAGUGUAUUAAACAGAGGCCACAGGCGAUCAUAACAACCGCAGACAACAAGCACUCAACACCAACAGCCACUCACAGCAAGCACUUAGCACUCGGCGCGACCGCUAGAGUGUCACUGGCUAGGCUUCGACGCUUCAUAGAAUUUUCCGUUUGUUGUCUGUUUGUUUACUGGGGAUACUAAACAACAGAGAACUAUAACGGGAAGGAUGAAGGUAAAAACUGAUUCAUUAUUCGUCUUUAUUCUACGUUUUAUUUGAUUUUGUUUACAGGUAGAGAUAAGAGAAGACAGAUACACGAAAAAAAGGGAAUCGAGCGUGUUUAUUGCUAUUUUUUUCUCCGUGAACAAGCUAGUUUAGACCGUUUUAAGGGAUCACUUUUCAGUCCAUGGGUCACUUUAACGGGCGUCAGUCGAGGUCAGUGUCAGCUUUCUGACCUCGGACCGGCGUCAAUUGGUGAGCUACGAAAGGAAAAAAAAAAAAAAAAGUAAAGAAAAAAAAAAUAGAUACUGUAUUUCGAACUUGCUAUAGUAGCCUUGAUGCAUACUGAGACAGACCAUACAUGUAGACAGAUAUCGAUAUAUGCGUGAAUAUAUAUCUCUAUAUAAAAUGAGUACAUAUAUCAAUAUUUAUCAUAUCACGAGAAUUAACUUAGAACACGAUAACAGACUUUUAAUAACCACAUGAUAGACACUAGUUUCUAAAGUAGACCGUGGACUGACGCUGUACCACUAAUUGUAUUUAUAUCAUAUUAAAAAAAUAUAUCUUUUAGCGGAUACAGUCGUCGUACCUCGAUAGCGUUUACUUGGCAGCAAAUACAAGUAUCUUAGAGUAGCAGAAUCUAACAUAGAGAUUAUAGCUAAAACACCCCUUGCUUUCUUUGGUGCCGCUUUAGCAAUAGAUGUGCCGUGAUGUCACACACAUAGGCUUCUUUAUUGAAAGGCAUUCAGUCUAGGAGAGAAAAUAACAAUAACAACAACAAACCCGACAAAAAAAUGAGAAGUGAUGGCAAGCUUAUAAUACCGUAGUGUCCUGUAUACUUACCAUGCAUAUACACCCACAUAGCGUAUAUAAAUGACAGUUCCAUAGCAACCAAAAUUGGUUUUAUAUGGUGUCUGAACUUCAUAUAUUUGUACUUUGAAAAUACAGAGGAUAUUAUUCAA